AUGUUCGGGUUCUUGUCUAAAGGUCUUGCGUUCUUCUGGCGAAAGGCGGACCUUGAAGAGACUCAGGCGGCCAGAGGUGGCAAAGAGAUAAAAACAAUAGAAGGCGUAGUAACAAGAUUUUGCCUAGACUAUGGGAUGAUAGAUGAUUUAGUUUGUUUCACCAGUGAUGCUGUCAUGAACAAUGUACUACUACAAGUAGGACAAAAAGUUGUAGCUAUUGUUGAAGAGGAUAAAACAACUAAUGGAUUAAAGGCAAUCAGGGUAGACGUUGUCUCAGAUAAAUGGGAAGAUGGUAGCAGUGUGCUUCAUUUUGGUGUGGACUCUGAACCAAAAACGUUAAUUGGCACUGUUACUUCUGUUACUGCUUGUGGUGGCUACAUCAAUCAAACAACAUCCUUCUCCAUGAAGGAGGUUCUUGAACACUUUGAACCUUACAAAGGAGAUUGGGUGCAAGCUGAAUAUGUUAUUAACCCAACGACUUGGAGCAGUGAAGCAGUUUCUGUAAAGCCCUUGAGAUAUAAGAGAAUUGACAAGGUUCAGAUUUCCAGUGUUUGCGGAAGAAUUGGUGUGGUAGAUGACAGUAUGUUUUUCACUAUGGAUUCAUUAAUACUUCCUGAUGGUUAUAUGCCCCGUAGACAUGAUCUGGUCAAUGUGGUAGUGGUGGAGAGUAACCAGUCGUGUUAUACUUGGAGAGCGCUUUGCAUGACUCCAUCAGAAAAUAAUGGGACAUCUUCAACCAGUGGAGUGAACUUGAAUGAGCCAUAUGAAAAUUUGUUGAAGGACAAAGGAGGUCUCAAGGUGUCAGAAACAACAAACUUUGGAACACUCAGACUAGGAGAGAAAAAAAGCAUGGAAGUCUGGAUUGAGAAUAAAGGGCAAACAGCACACUGUUUGAUUAGCUGCAAGUUAGGUGACUGGGAAAAAGCGAAACAAUUUUGUCUUCAAAUGCCAGGAGAAGACCCCAAGAAUUCUUCAGCAUCUCUAACAUCAGCCAUUACACCAAAUCUAAAGAAAAUGGGAGACCAAGAGAAGUCCGUUAUUGGAAGAUAUGAAAAACUAAGCAAUGACAAAGAAAAUAUAGAAGGAAAAACAUUGCCCAGUACAGAGAUCUCUCUGCUUCCUGGUACAAAGACUCGCAUAGUGAUUUUAUGCACAGCAAAGAAUCCUGGUCGCUGUAGAGAACUCCUGUUGCUCUGUUUUUCUGACUGCAUUAUUGGGCGCUACAUUGAAGCAACUAUAGUAACUGAGGAAGAGUUGCAAAUAGAAGCUACUGAACCUUUUUGCCCAAGAAAACCUCAGAUUACUCCAGAGUGCCAGUACACAAAGGCAGUUGUGGCUUUUCCAGAAGGAAAAAGGAAGUCAAGGAGACAGCUACCAAGUUUCAUUCCUCAGUAUCCUGUUCCAGAUAGAUUAAGGAAAUGUGUGGAAAACAGAUGGGAUGUUUUGCUUUUCAAACCGCAUCUUGGAGAGGGCCUUUGUCUAGCUAACUAUGAAGAAUUUUUUUCUACUCUGCUGUGGCUUGAGGAAAUUCAUGAAGAGAUGGAAUUGAAAGAUUUUGCCUUGUGUGGAGUCUCCUUGAAAAGGAAUGGGAACUUCCUGGUUCUUGAAGUGCCUGGGAUCACAGAGGGUCGCCCCCCCUUAUCUAUAGGUGACAAAGUGAUAUUGAAGACCCAAGAUUACUUGGAGCAAAUAAGUUAUAUUGCCUCUGUCACUGAGAUUCAUGAAGAAGAACUUACUCUAAGGCUUAAUCCAGAAUUUGAACAUGCUUAUAAUGGUGAACCCAUGGAUGUGGAGUUUACAUUUAGUAGGACUACUACCAGGAGGUGCCAUUUUGCUGUAGAACAAGCCAUCCAUCUGCGAGAAAAGGUUUUAUUUCCAGACAGUCUUGGAGUGCAGUCUCCUCAAGUAGUCAAGCACUGGUGUCCUGGCAGUGCAGAAAGACUGAGCACCACACAAGGAGACGAGAAUGAGAAGGAGCUAAAUGUUAACAAAAAAAGGCUUCCAAAGGAGAACAAGGUGGCCAUUAUGCAUGACAUGGUUACUGUUGCCACACAGACAAGGAAUGACACAACAACUUCUCAGCCAAGAGACUGUGACGUCUUCAAUCCUUUGCUGAAUGAGCAUCAGAGACUAGCCGUGAAAAGGAUACUGAGUGGCGAAUGUCGUCCCAUGCCUUAUAUUAUCUUUGGGCCACCUGGAACUGGCAAAACUGUAACAAUAAUUGAAGCAAUUUUGCAGAUACAUUACAAUUUACCAGACAGCCGAAUCCUAGUUUGUGCACCGUCAAACAGUGCAACAGAUCUGAUUUGUUUACGACUUCAUGACAGCAACAUGUUAAAGCAUGGAACUAUGGUCAGAGUGAAUGCGUCCAGCAGAAAUGAAGAGUGUCUGAAUGAUGUAAUAAAGCUUUACUGCAAAGACGGAGAAGACAUUAGGCAAGCAUCUCGGUUCAGGAUAAUUGUCGUCACGUGCAGCAGUGCUGGAAUGUUCUACCAAAUAGGAAUAAG